CCGGGGCCGGGCCCGGCGCGGGGGAGGCGCCGCCGCCGCGGGGGCCGGAGCGGGCCGAGCCGCCGCGCCCGCUCCAUGGAGGCCGCGGCCGAGGCCCCGGGGGGGCCGGCGGCGCUCAGCUGCUUCUCCUACAACCAGGACUGCACCUCCCUGGCAAUUGGAACCACAACUGGAUACAGGCUUUUCUCCUUAAGUUCUGUGGAGCAACUGGACCAGGUCCACGAAAGCAAUGAAAUCCCAGAUGUUUACAUCGUGGAGCGUCUGUUCUCCAGCAGCCUUGUGGUUGUGGUCAGUCAUGCCAAGCCACAGCAAAUGAAUGUCUACCACUUCAAGAAAGGGACAGAGAUCUGCAACUACAGCUAUUCCAGUAACAUACUGUCCAUCCGGCUGAAUCGUCAGAGGCUGGUUGUUUGCCUGGAGGAGUCAAUUUACAUCCAUAACAUUAAGGACAUGAAGCUUUUGAAGACUAUUCUGGAUACGCCUCCAAAUACAACAGGUCUGUGUGCUCUUUCGAUCAACCACGCCAACUCCUACUUGGCUUAUCCCGGCAGUGCGACCAGCGGAGAGAUCGCACUUUACGACGGAAAUACUUUGAAAACAGCCUGCACGAUUCCUGCCCAUGACGGGCCUCUGGCUGCUCUUGCCUUCAACUCCACCGGCUCGAAGUUGGCAAGUGCUUCCGAAAAAGGCACAGUCAUUCGUGUAUUUUCCAUUCCUGGUGGGCAAAAGCUCUAUGAAUUCCGGCGAGGGAUGAAAAGGUAUGUGAACAUCAGCUCUCUCGUGUUCAGCAUGGAUUCCCAGUUCCUCUGUGCUUCCAGCAACACGGAGACCGUGCACAUCUUUAAACUGGAGCAUCUCACUGACAGCCGGCCAGAAGAGCCUCCAACCUGGAGUGGUUACAUGGGAAAGAUGUUCCAGGCUGCUACCAACUACCUCCCUGCUCAGGUAUCGGGCAUGAUGAACCAGGAUCGAGCCUUUGCCACUGUCCGCCUGAACAUCUCCGGACAAAGGAACAUCUGCGCCCUUUCCACGAUUCAGAAGCUGCCUCGACUGUUGGUGACUACGUCAGAUGGACAUCUCUAUAUCUAUAACUUGGACCCGCAAGAUGGAGGGGAGUGUGUCUUAAUUAAGAAACACAGUCUGCUUGGCUCAGGAAAGAUGGAGGAGAACAAAGAAAAUGACCUUCGGCCUCCAUUACCUCAAUCUUAUGCAGCAACUGUAGCCAGACAAAGUACAGUGCCUUCAACUUCGACCAUGCCAGGUUAUUCGGAGGACGGCGGUGCCCUGCGAGGAGAGGUUAUCCCAGAGCAUGAGUUUGCAACCGGACCAGUGUGUCUCGACGACGAGAAUGAGUUUCCUCCUGCAGUUGUAUUAGCUUGCGGAAUGCAACCGGGCCAUACCUGAACCUCACCAGUCUCUUCAUUUCCAAGAUAACGGAAAACUCCUUUUCCAAGUACAAAGAUGAAAGGCAUAACAGAGUUUUAAACCGUUUUAUGAUUUUUAUAUGGCACUUUCUCAGUUACUGUUGGAAGAAGAUACUGGCUUUUUGAAGUCUAACGUAAGCCGGGCAGUGUCUCUCGGCUCCUUUUCCUGUUACAUUUGUUAAGUAUCUGACCCCUAAAUGGACAGAUGUUGGUACCGUGCUGUGGUCUGGUUGUAAUCAGCGGUGUCUUCCUAAUAGUAAUGCACUAAUACAGCAGAAUAUUGUAAUAGAUUUCAAGUUGUAGACUUGGCAGAUUUUUUAAUCCCUUACUCCAUUUUUACAUAUCCUGCUGUUGGAGUUUUGCCAGAGAAGGAGGAAGUAAAAACUUUAUCGGGAUUCCAGGAUUUGUUCCAUGUGCUGAGGCUGACCUCUGCGAGGCACUUCCCUAUUAACUGAUGCAGAGCGUUAUUUAGAUAAAAGGUGACUAGCUUUGAAACAGCACUGCCGAAACCCAACUCAAGUGGCAUAAACCUCAGACCAGCUCUCUUCUGUCACCUGUAACACGACCUGCUGCAAACUGAGAACAAGAGUUUUCUAGUUCUCCUGCUCCAUUACCCAGGAAGGAUAUUUAAAAUGUCCCUCCUCUGGUCAAAGCCGCGUGGCCACGGAGAAGCCGGUGGCCCAGGCCCCCGCAGGGAGCAGCAGGGCCAGAGAGAAAUCCUUUGCUUCCUUCUGCUGAACCUGCUCUCGAACAUGUGGUUUGGGGACAAGCAAAUGCCAGCGAGCAGGAAUCCCGCUGCUCCUGAAUGAGCCUUCCUGCUGGGACCGUGCCCUGUAAAAGCAGCCCCAAACCCCUGCUGUGCAACAGCAGGCGCUUUAUUAAAUGAACUUUGAUCUGUCAAAAUCCUGUGCUGUAAUUAACCUGACAGACUAACUUACAUGUGUAAUGUUAGGGAGGAGGUGGUGUGGGAGGGAAGGCGCUUUCCAAAAAUACUCCCUGAUACGGUGGCUUAGCGAUUGGAGCUUCCAGAGAAAGUCUCUGCAGCCGGGGCCCGGGCUUUGCCCCUCCGUUGCUGAUGGGAACGUGGUUUGCAUCUGGUUCUGCUGGUUAGUGCGGCGCUGGCUCCCGCUGCGGCAGUGCGUACGGAGAGUCGGUCGGGGUGUUUUGAUGCUCUGAAUUUCACUGAACUGCGCUGUUUGCUCAGUGCUGAGAUGUUCGGUCUCAAUGACGCGUCAAGGGGGGUUUCAGGCGUCGGUCACUUCUGUGCGGAGAAGGAAGGGGAGAAAAACCUGACCUUAUCCAACAAAAAUGUUUUGACAAUUUCUGCUUUGCAGAAACAUGGGAAGGGUUUUGUUUGUUUUCCAGUGUGCAACAAAAAGACAUUUAAAAACCUCAAAACUUGUGACAAAAUGGAAUAUUCACCCGCAGCCCACACCACGAGCAUGGCUUUGAACUUAGACAUACUUUUGGAGAAACAGCAGUGCUCAGACCCAGCAGUUCCUCUCCAUUUUGAAACAUCUUGCCUUCCCCUGACCUCAAGCAAGACUUCAGAGGCUCAGCUGUUAAGAGCGAGGAAAAGCAGCUUCAGUCUAACGUAAAAUCUGUGGCUGAUUGUGGAAAACUGCCUCUUCAUUAACCAGAAGGAGGGACGGAUCAGAGAAGAGAAGCCCAAGAAGUGCUCAUAAAAAGUGGCCUCGACAAGAGUCAAUGUGGAUGUUGCUACUGAUGGUGCCGGGACCGCUGAGGGAUCCUGCGGCAAGAGGUUAAACAAGUUCAAUUCCGUCUCUUGCUUGCAUUGAUGGGGUGGAUUAAGCGCUUUCAGGGCCGCUGUUGCUCUUAGGCAGAAAGGACUCGGGCGUUACUGAGAUGGAGAGCAGGCUACAGCCUCGGGUGAGGAGAAGGUGCCGCGCUGGAGAGGACGCUGCUCUGCGUGGUGCUUUGCGGGAUGGGAAGAGCAAAUCCAGCUCUGCCUGCAGAUGGUUGCAGCGAUUAUGGCUGUUUUCUGGUGACCUGCCCGAGCGGCUGCCACCCUUCUCCGGGUUUCUCGGUGUCGGUGAGGUUUCCAGUGGUGUUGGGAGCUGUUGGGGGGUGUGUGCUUCGGGCCAGGCAGGGCACUGCUUGCCCAGCUUCACUUCCAGGAGCCGCUGUGGUGGCUCUCCCCACCAAGGCAUGGUCAGGACAGCUUUUGGGUAGUGCUGUGAGGUUUGACAAAAGAAAUCCUACAGGCUCCAGCAAGCAAGAUGGCCCAUGUGGACCUGGGGAAUGCAACCAGGGGAUCUUCUUAAAGCUUCUGGGCUUCAGGUGAUUUCUUCCAGCAGAUUGCUCGGUGCUUUUCCAGGCACACGUGAUCCGUCCUGCAUUUGGCUGCACACUGAAGCUUGUCAGCUUGGAGACCAGAGCCGGUGUGAAGACUGUCGGGAGAGCCAUUUCAUUAAGCUAGGAUAGAUUGCAUACAGCGGUCAGCUCUUCAGACAGCUUCCCAUCGCUGAUACGCAGAUAGUCUUUAGAAGCAUCUCUUUCACAUCGAUUUUUGGCUACCUCCAAAACUGUUUGGGCAGCCUGCCUGUGCUGCCGAAGGAUGCUGCUGCCCGUGCGUGCCCGUGGCUCCUGCCUGCAGGGUUCGUUAUGGGAUGCACAGCGGGGAAUAAACCCCCCCAGGCAGUGAGCAGCAGCCGUCAGCAGCCCCCGCUCCUGCCUGCUCCCUGGAAAGACGGGCAGGAGCACCACGGCCGCCCUCGACAGCACGACGUCCCCACCCUGGCAGGGGGAAGAAAUCAGUGCCCCAGCCUGGGGUCCGCACGCAUCCCUGCUGCUCCAAACCACGGACCUCAAUCCAAGCAGCCAGGCUGCAGAUGCAUCUUCGGCUCCGCCAGACCGGUAUUUGCCCAAGUUCCUCCUCGCUGUUUGCUGGCUGGCGUUUCGCUCGUUCUGUUGCGCGAAUAUGCGACACUAAUGAUUGUAAGUGAUUUUUUCUUUUUAACAGCUGGCUGUUAGCAAAGGAAAGGCCAUAGAUUUUGCAGUGAAGCUUUACUAGUAAUCCUGUUUCAUGGGGGAUGAGCAAGUUUGUCAGAACCUGACAGGCCUCUUCUUCCUCAUGGCAGCUCCUGCCCUGGUAGCUCAGACGGGCAGCUGGGGCGUUCAGGAUUAAGCCCAGUUUAUCAGCACAUUAUCUGAGGGAAACGUGCAAUCCAGUGCCAACGCUUGCGCCUCAAAACCAGGCAGGUUUCAUGGUCCUGAAGGCCAUGGAGAGACAGAUCCCAGGAGGAGGAGCUGGCACACACCAGCUGGGGCCGUGGGGAUCGCACCUGCACCGCUGGGAGACGCAGGUCCCGCCUGGCGAGGCUGGAGCUGGUAACGGGGAGACGUGUCCCUUGGCUCGUGGUUGGUGUCCGCAGAGGCACCCGCCCCGGGUGCUGCAGCAGCUCUGGCCAAGCCCCGUCCAGAAGCAGGUGCUCAUCUUACCCCGGGUCUCCAGCCUCGUCCCGUGGCAUGAGCAGCUGACGUGACGUGGUUCAGGGUCCUCGCUGCUGCCUGUUCUUCUCUGCGCCUGCUUUCCUCUUUCACACCAAGGUUUUCCUGGUACUCGGGCUAGGCUUCCCCUCCCCUAAGGCAGUCGGACACGUCUUUAACUGUGGGCUCCAUCUGGAGACCCCGGAGAGACGCGGUGACGCACGGCACACACCUUUCCCCUCCCGCCAUGCCAGGAGCUGAACUUUUUGGGAGGACUUGGUGAGGCAAACGGACCUCACCCCCAGUAAUCGAACUCCUGCCAGCGUGGCGGUGCUCAGCCCAAUGCCAGCGAGAGGCAAGGCAGCCUUAUCACCCAGCCAGAUGGUUCCUGUUCCCAGGACUGUAAAUUUGGGGAGGGGGAAAGUAAAUAAAUAAAGCGCUCACAAAUCUGCCUUUGAAUGGAAAGUAAAACACUGCGGGACAUCCCUCCCCCUUCUCCCAUGUGCGUAAAACCAACUUGAAACACACCCUGUUGCUGGGAAAAGUAAGGCCGUUCUGUUUUGAUUUUGGUAGAUAAUCUUGUGCCGUGGAGGUCAGCCGGGCAAAGCGAAGAGGUCAUGAUGAGAAGCAAACAUCCGCGCUUAGGACAGCUGCUGGGAAGUGCUUUGGAAAAGCCAGGAAUUUCGAAGAACAGAUUUGUGAGUCCCCAAGAUGAGGAAAAAAAAAAAAAAAAAAUCCAAGGUGGGCCACUGCUUUUUCCUACGGUAUGUUUAAGUGAAUACCGGGCCCCGCUAGCCCCCUGUUUUAAUUCGUGUCCGGGUGGGGUGUCAAUGUACUGUAUGCACAUCGCUAUAUUUAACAAACUAUACGUUAGAACCACAAUGUAAAUGCUAAUUUAAGCAGAUUUGUAUGUAACCAGAAUUUUAUAUACCCGUUUGUCCCCGUUUCUAAUUUAUGCUGUUUUAUGUGUAUAAAUGUACUUAUAGGAAGAUAUAUUAAACUUAUGUCUUUGUACAGUA